AUGGCCUCGAAGGUGUCUGUCCUCUCAAACGAAACCCUGCGAGAUUAUCGAAGCGCAAUCCACCAGCACAAUGACAAGUUCAUCAAAGACAUCCCCAAAGUCGAAAUGCAUGUCCAUAUCGAGGGCACAAUGACCCCUGAACUCCGGUGGGAGCUCGCGCAACGGCGCGGGGAGUCGGUGCUCAAUAUCAAUACCCAGCAGCCUUGCGAGAGUUUGUCGGAGCUGAAGGGUACGUAUGAGCUCCUCAAUGACCUGGAAGAAGGGGGUGUAGAUGGUGGAAUGCGCCGGUUCUUUGAACUGUAUUACGGUGGCUUCAGUGUCCUUCGGGAUGAAGAAGAUUUCUAUCGUCUUGCAAUGAACUACUUCAGAAAGGCAGCAUCCAUGAACGUACGUUAUUGUGAGCCGUUCUUUGACCCGCAGGGUCACACACGAAGAGGUGUCCCUUUUGAGACAAUGAUGAAUGGAUUCAAGAGGGCGCAGAGUGAGGCCUCUCAGAGUCUUGGGGUCCACUCUCAGUGGAUAAUGUGCAUGCUGCGAGAUAUGUCCCCCGAGUCUGCUAUGGAGCAUUAUUUUCAAGCACUACCAUAUCGCGACAUGAUCGUUGGAAUUGGUCUGGACUCCCUAGAGGUGGACCGUCCGCCAUUGCUCUUUGAAGAUGUUUUUCUCCGCGCUCGCAGAGAUGGCUUCCGGAUUACCUGCCAUUGCGACGUCGGCGACAAGGAUACACUGAGGAAUAUUGGACAAGUGGUUGACCAGCUGGGAGGAAGCGGAGCGGACAGAAUUGAUCAUGGUUUACAUGCCGCCGACGAUUCUUCUCUUCUUCAGAGGAUCAAAGAAAAGGACCUUGGAAUGACGAUAUGUCCUUGGGGCUAUCUUUGCUACUCCGGAGAAGCUGAGAUUAUUGAUCGGGUUCGCACAUUAUACAACGCUGGCAUCAAAAUAGCGAUUGGCAGUGAUGACCCGUCAUAUAUGGAAGAUAUUUGGCUAAACAAUAGCCUCUACCUCCUUCGUUUACUGGGCAAUUUCACUGAUGCUGAAUUCUUCCAGCUACAGCGGAAUGCGAUUGCUAUUUGUUGGGCCCCUGCUGAUAUUAAAGCAGCAAUCCUGAAGGAACUCGAGGGGUUUUGGCCGAAGGAAGGAGCGGAACAUGGCAGCCAUGCAGAUUAG